AUGAAUCGUUGCGAUCGUUUAAUAGCAUUAUGUGGUUCUAUACUUGGUAUAUUAGCUUUAAUUGUUGCUUGUACAGCUUUAUCUUCACGUAAUUGGGAAAAAGAAACCAAUAUCGAUUAUUUUCAUUCAUCACCUAAAUAUAAUCAACUUCAUCUAUCUCGAAUUAUGAGUAUUUUUAGUCUUAUUUUCACAUUUAUCGGUAUAAUUACAUCAUCAUUUAUGAUUAUCAAACAUUUUUGGAAGUAUUGGAAUUUAUUAGCCCCCGGAGCUUAUCUUCUUGCAUCAUUAACUCUUCUUUUAGCUAUGUGUGAAGCAUCUCGAUUAAUGCAUCAUAAUGGUUGGCCAUCAUAUAUCUAUGGAAUAUCAUUUAGUCUACUUCUAUUAGCAACACAAAUUAUGGCUGCACUUUCAGGAAAACUUAUUUUUUCCUAUCAAUCAUUAUAG